AAAGGUGGCUCCGCGGCCGCAGGCGCAGGCCCGGGCGGACCAGCGAGACGCGGGGCGCGCCGGCCCGUGGCAGCUCCGAGUCGCAACAUGCGCCGGUCGGUCUGGCUGGCGCUGGCCGCGUCGCUCUUGCACGUGUCCCUGCAAGGCGAGUUCCAGAGGAAGCUCUACAAGGAGCUGAUCAAGAACUACAACCCCUUGGAGAGGCCCGUGGCCAACGACUCGCAGCCACUCACCGUCUACUUCUCCCUCAGUCUCCUGCAGAUCAUGGACGUGGAUGAGAAGAACCAAGUUUUAACCACCAACAUUUGGCUGCAGAUGUCUUGGACAGAUCACUAUUUACAAUGGAAUAUGUCAGAAUAUCCGGGUGUGAAGACUGUCCGUUUCCCAGAUGGCCUGAUUUGGAAGCCAGACAUUCUUCUCUAUAACAGUGCUGAUGAGAGAUUCGAUGCCACAUUCCACACCAACGUGUUAGUUAAUUCUUCUGGGCAUUGCCAGUACCUCCCUCCAGGCAUAUUCAAGAGCUCCUGCUACAUUGACGUGCGCUGGUUCCCCUUCGAUGUGCAGCAGUGCAAACUGAAGUUUGGGUCCUGGUCCUAUGGAGGGUGGUCCUUGGAUCUACAGAUGCAAGAGGCAGAUAUCAGCGGCUAUAUCCCAAACGGAGAAUGGGACCUUGUGGGAAUCCCAGGCAAGCGGAGUGAGAAGUUCUAUGAGUGCUGCAAAGAGCCCUACCCAGACGUUACCUUCACAGUGACCAUUCGCCGCAGGACCCUCUACUAUGGCCUCAACCUACUCAUCCCCUGUGUGCUCAUCUCUGCACUGGCCCUCCUCGUCUUCCUGCUUCCUGCAGAUUCAGGGGAGAAAAUUUCCCUGGGGAUAACAGUUUUACUCUCUCUUACUGUCUUCAUGUUGCUGGUGGCUGAGAUCAUGCCUGCGACAUCUGACUCGGUGCCCUUGAUAGCCCAGUACUUUGCCAGCACCAUGAUCAUCGUGGGCCUCUCCGUGGUCGUGACGGUGAUCGUGCUGCAGUACCACCACCAUGACCCCGACGGCGGCAAGAUGCCCAAGUGGACCAGAGUUAUCCUUCUGAACUGGUGCGCAUGGUUCCUGCGCAUGAAGAGGCCGGGGGAGGACAAGGUGAGGCCGGCUUGCCAGCACAAGCAGCGUCAGCGUCGCUGCAGCCUGGCCAGCGUGGAGAUGAGUGCGGUGGCCGGACCGCCCACCACCAACGGCAACCUGCUCUACAUCGGCUUCCGCGGCCUGGAUGGGGUGCACUGUGCCCCCACCCCCGACUCAGGCGUCGUGUGUGGUCGCAUGGCCUGCUCCCCCACGCACGAUGAGCACCUCCUGCAUGGUGGGCAGUCCUCCGAGGGGGACCCGGAGCUGGCUAAGAUCCUGGAGGAGGUCCGCUACAUCGCCAACCGCUUCCGCUGCCAGGACGAGAGCGAGGCCAUCUGCAGUGAGUGGAAAUUCGCGGCGUGCGUGGUGGACCGCCUGUGUCUCAUGGCCUUCUCUGUCUUCACCAUCAUCUGCACCAUCGGCAUCCUGAUGUCAGCUCCAAACUUCGUCGAGGCUGUGUCGAAAGACUUCGCUUAACCUGGUCUUGGUCCCCAGCAUGUAGGAAACGCACCGACAGGCGAUGCCGUUGGCUUGGGGAGAAUCUGGGGUGCUACACUAGACAUGGGGAUGCUGAUGUACCCAGAGCGCUCGCUGCCAGUCAUAUCCGUUAUAGUUUCCUUGUUACUUUGAAUAAUACAAUCUCAGCACGUUUUGUUGAACCCUCUCAGAUGGGCUACUUGAUAUUCUUGGAACAUCCUUAGGGUCACUAGGACCACUGAAAGCUGUUUUUGCCCAUUCCCCAAUGCCUGGUGAGCCCUUCAGAGAGGUCAGGGUGGCUCCAGAUCGCCAGGGGAGGCCUGUACAGUUGGUUUUGCAUGCCUGCAUGUCACUUGCCAGAAGGCCUAUUUGAAAAUUCAACAUAAGCUUUUGCUUGUUUACAAACCUCGAAGGAAAGUAACAAUAAUAGUAUUAAACCACCCUCACUAGAUCCAUUCAGAUAAUUGGUAAAAGGACACAAAACUAAAAGGAAAAACCUAACUGCUCGUUUUUCUGUGAUUCAGAUUUUAUUUUUCUCUGCCAUAGAUGGUAGAGAGAGACAAUUUUACACUGCUCCUGCAUUUUAUUAGAGAGAGAAAGAGGCAUAGUUGGUCUUUUAAAUUAUGCUUUUACCAGUCUGAUUUUCUGCCAAGCUACCCUGUGGUGGGAAUCAGGAGGGACAUAGAUGUAUGUUGAUUCUGAACUAGGACCACACCUGGCCCAGUCCGGGGGAUGUCUGUAGAUACCAGGGGACUCCCAAACUUCCUAUGCUGCCCUCAGACAUUGGGGAGCUGAAUUUGCUCUAUUCUGAAAAACCCAAAGGGCAAAUAGAAUUCUGUUAAAAUUAUAAGCCCAAUGUAAUAGCUAAAGUUAAAUUAAGCCAGCUAUGUGUGUGUUUGUGUGUGUGUGUGUGUGUUUAAUAAUGCAUUAGAUGUUUCUCAUGUACUUGAGUUGAUUAGUCUUAGAAAAUUGUGGGUCUGUACAAAUGCACAAUAUAAAGUGAAAGUAUGCUAUGCCUUUCCUUAUGUGUCAAGGCCAAGGAGCAGGAUCUGGGACCUUUCUGGUUCCUUGUAUGGCAGGAACUGGGAAGGGGAUGAUGUGGGCAGCAGCUUUCCUGGAGCAGUAACUCCAGUCUCUGGCUUUUAGGGAUCUGCUUUCGCACAGCUCAACAGCUCCAACGUUAGCCCAGAAAGGUAGCUUGAAAAGGUAGAUUCACUGGAGAUAAGCAUUUUGAAAGCAAAGGAAUCUUUCAUUUUAAACCUGUGUGGUGACAGAAUUCUCUAGUUACAUUAUCUAGCUGACAAUGGUCACUUUGACUCUUCCCAGUUUCCUUAUUUUUUAAUGCAAUCAGAAGGAGACAC